AUGUCUUUCUCUCCUCCUUCAACCUCUCACAUCCUCAUCGCCCUCGGCCUCCUCGUUCUCUUAUCGACGACUUCUCCGUGCGCUCGUGCACGUAAAACUCCGGCUGGUUCUGAUAAGAAACUGGAGAAAGAUUGUGUUGAAGAAGGUACCGUGUUGAUCCCUGGAGUGGGCCGUUAUGCGCUGGGGAGCCAUGAAAGGCCUUCUUUCAGUGGGCUGGAUGGUAGCGGCCCAGCUGCGGCUAAUGGGCAGUAUAUCCCCGGGGCCGAUGAUACUUUUGUUCCGAACCCGGGUUUCGAGGUUCCGAACCCGGCCCAUGUUCCUUAA